AUGCCCAAAGCUCCACUGGACAAUGUUUCUUUAGAUUAUGUGAAGAAUGUAGAAAGAUGGAAGUAUGUCAUUCAGAGGAGGGUAUCCCUGGAAAGGGAAUUGGGUAAGGAUGCCCUCAAGUGUAAGGAGGUCAUGGAACUUAUAGAAGUUGUCGGGUUGAUGAAGAUUGUUACACAAUUUGGCCCUUGCUAUGAAAGCUUAGUCAAGGAGUUUGUGGUGACUAUCCCUGAUGGAUGUGAUGAUACAAAGAGUGCUGACUAUGGUAAGGUGUAUGUAAGAGGAAAUGCUGUGACAUUCUCUCCAGUUGUGAUUAAUAAAUUACUAGGAAGAACUGAAGGAUCUCGGGAUGAGCUAGAGGUUACUGAUGAUCAGGUGUGCAAAGAGAUCACGCCCAAGCAGGUUAGACAUUGGCCAAACAAAGGGAAACUGUCUGCUGGUAAGUUGAGUAUAAAAUAUGCCAUGCUUCAUAGGAUUGGAACUUCCAACUGGGUUCCCACUAAUUAUACCUCAACAAUCUCUACUGGUCUUGGGAAAUUUAUUUAUGUUGUUGGAACAAGAAGAGUGCUUGACUUUGGAAAAUACAUCUUUGAACAAGUGCUAAAACAAUCCUUCUCUAUUGCGGUAAAAAAUUCCAUCUAUUUUCCAUCCCUCAUUUGUGGAAUCAUCCUAAAUCAACAUCUUGGUAUUUUUCUUCCCAUUGACAGUGUGAAGAAAAGAGAUUAUCCCUUAUCUCUCCACUACAAACUCUUUGCAGGAGCACAUGUCCCAAACAUUGUUAUUACAUCUUCUCAGGUACCUGUCAUUGCCACCUCCAAGAAGAGUGUCAUUGCUCACCUGAAGGAAACUUGUAAAGAGUUGGAGGAUUCCAUCAGAUCUAGAACUGCAACAAAGAUUAAACUUGAGACAUUGGUGAAGGCACUGAUGGAAGAAGAGAAAAAGGGAGUUGUACAAGGUGGUGAUGACAAUGAAGGAACUGAUGAUGAAGACUAUGUUGGUGAAGAUGAUGUUGAUGAAGAGAAAGAAGAUGAAGGAGAAGGGUAUGUAAUAACUGACUUAGCUAGUCAUAAAGAUAUCUGA